ACAGCAUCGAAGAAGAAGCGACUGAACGGAGGAGGAUGCGGAUAGAAAAACAUAUUCCUAAGCAUCCGAUCCGUCAGAAGACAUGAUAUCUGCUGGCUAGAACAGCUGACAUGGCGCCUGAGAACUGGAGGAUGCAGAACGAGGGAGCAUGCUGCAGCAGGGGGAUGCAGUAUUGUGAUGAUGCUUAUGAGCGGCAGAAGUGUAGCUAAUGAAGAGCUAUGGCAACUACAAUCACAUCCACCACCAAUACAACAACAGCAGCAGUGCCAGAGAUACUUCCUCCACGUGAUGAGGGGAAACAACCUGAUCCUCCCCGCGUCCUUGAGCAUAUGUCAGGCUCGAAGCUGGUCUGUAAGCCUGCCAUGUCAACUGGAGCUGUCCCAGGGGAGAGCGGAUGCAACGUGCCCCGCAGUUGUAACCACGUCCGGUGUCAUUCACUUACAAGGACGAAGAAGCCUACAGCAGGAGGAGCGGAGGAUAAAGUAAGAGUUUGUUGUGAUGAGGAGCUUGAGACUUCAUUCACAUAUGUUGAUGAGAAUGUAAAUUUGCGAGUGACCAGUCCAGAGACAAGUUGUAAAAGCACACAUAGGACAACACGUAAUGGCGAACCGUGCUCAGAAACACUACCAGACUUCUCCUUUAUGUCUGAGGAUGAUUUGUCAUUUGGCGACAGCUCUGGGACCUCCAUAGACUACGGUUUUAUAAGCGCGGUUACCUUUUUAGUGACUGGCAUCUCUCUGGUGAUCAUAUCCUAUGCAGUUCCACGGGAUGUUGAGGUAGAUCGGGACACUGUAUCAGCCAGGGAGAUGGAGAGGUUGGAGAUGGAGAGUGCGCGGAUAGGAGCCCACCUGGACCGUUGUGUGAUAGCUGGGCUGUGUCUGCUGACUCUGGGGGGAGUGGUGCUAUCCACGCUGCUCAUGAUCUCCAUGUGGAAAGGGGAGAUGUACAGGAGGAAAGUCAUAGCGUACUCCAAACGUACAGCCAAAAUUUACGGAUCCAUCAGCCUCAAGACUAGAUCCAGUCCUAGUCACUCCUCUGUGCAAGUGUCAAUAGAUGAAUUGGAUGAGACUAUAGCCUGAAAACUAUGCAGCAUUUUGUUGUAGAGGAAGAAGAAGAAGAAGAAGAAGAAGAAGAAGAAGAAGAAGAAGAAGAAGAAGAAAAAGAAGAAGAAGAAGAAAAAGAAGAAGAAGAAGAUGAAGAAGAAGAAGAAGAAGAAGAAGAAAAAGAAAGCAAAACUAUCACUGCAUUUUCAACCUAAUUCUAGGCUUCUCACUUAUUACACAUCAUGCAAUAGCAACUUCAUUAUAUAAAGUAACAAUAAAAGGGAGAUACCAGUGCAUAUGAUCAGAGCUGCUGUACUGUACAAAGGUUUUGAUGAGCUAUGGGAAUAUUUCAACAUAAUAUAUUCAGAUUCAUAAUUUAUUUAUUCCUUUUUGUAGAAAAGGUCAUUAAGGGGUCAACCAACAACCAUUAACUUUAGUGUGUAUCUUCAGCCGUCUGUUUUAUCCAUGUAAUAUUUUGCAACAUUUUUGUACACACAAUUUGUUUUUGCACAUUUAUACAUCAAUUCAAGGCAUAUAAUUUAAAACCUUUGCAGUGUACUGGACAAAAGCGACAUUCCAGUGUCACAGACAGUGCUAUACAUGUUUGAAGAUGCUGCCUCUUGGACUCUCCAUUAUUAAGACUAUUCAUUUUUAAUGGGGAAUGUUUCCGACAGUAGAUUUGCCCACAGAUGGACACAUUGCUGGAAGUGUGUCCCUCUGGAGAUGGGAGUGUGUUGUGUCCACUGUGGUGAGAGUGCAGGGGGUGAAACUCGCUGGUCCACGUGGUAAUAUCCAGUGACAGUUCUGUUCUGGUGCAGUGCUGAGGUAAGCCAUAAGUCUCAGAUAGUAGGACCAUAUUAUACUGCAUUCUGCAUUGCUGACACAAGCAAACUACUUUACCCUACUUUUUCUAUUACUUUCUUUGUGUUGAAUCUUUGUAUUCAUCACUACCAGCAAACUACACUAUUCUUAUACCAAAAUGUAUUUUAUAGACCUGUGCAGAGUUUAUAAAGCUCCAAGUGAUUGGUCACCAAAUGACUUGCUACAGUUUAUGAAGUAAGUGAUGAUUACAGAAGGAAAAACAACAGCUUCAGUUGUUCACACAUUGUGUUGGAGUGGCUAAUCAUACACCACAGUCUGGUGAUAAAUUAUGUUUUCUUUGCUAGAGUAACAAAGCUUUGAUUUUAUUGUGUAAAAAAUGACAAUAGCAGCAAAAUGAUUGAACACACCUGCCUAUUCGGCAAUUUAAUCCCUUGUUCUUUUUAUCCUUGCUUAUGUGGGAGGCACACACUGCUGUUUCAGACAAUCAUGGUUCAAUGAAAAGGGAAAUAAGGCAGAACUCUUGUGUUUUGCCAUAGUUUUCACACCAGAUGCCUUUCCUGAUGCAAUCACUGGUUCGUGAUUAUCCUGUAACUGAAACAGACCUUUGGUUUUCUUCAUUGUUAGUCAGUUGCAGUCUUGAAGGCUGCCAAUCAAGCUGGUCAACUAUGUACUAUAAUGGGCUUUAUUUACAUUAUUAACAUACAAAAUAAGUGACUUUCCAAAUAACGCACACUCAUAUAAGUGGCUUACUGGCUUAUUACAUAUAAUCUGUAACAUUUUCUUUUCCACCUGCAUAUUGAAAAACACCUCGUUUCACAUGAAAGAGCUGCCCCACUUUUCACACCUAAUUUCACUAAUCUCACAC